CCAAGGAGUUCUUCCCAAUGGCUAGAUUAAUCUUCCCAAUUUUGGCCACCCAAUUCACCAUCUUCUUCAUUUUCUCCUUCUUUGCCAUUAAUUUAGUGGUGGGAGAUGAUGGCUUUGCUAGAACCAUGGACAGGAAGCUAUUUGGGAUGAAGAAAGAAAAGCUCAGCCACUUCCGCCUUUAUUGGCACGACAUAGUUAGUGGCCGCAACUCCUCAUCAGUGGCUGUCACGGCUCCGAUGAACAAUUCGUUAACCAGUUUUGGGAUGAUUAGGAUGAUUGAUAAUCCCUUGACAAUGGGGCCAGAAAUGAGCUCCAAGAUGGUGGGAAAGGCUCAAGGGUUUUACUCCUCUUCUUCGCAGGAAGAAAUUGUGCUGUUGAUGGCCAUGAAUUUCGCUUUCACAGAAGGGAAGUACAAUGGGAGCACAAUUACGAUUUUGGGGAGGAACUCGGUGUUCUCGGAGGUGAGGGAGAUGCCGGUAGUCGGAGGAAGUGGGCUUUUCCGGUUUGGUAGAGGGUAUGUUCAGGCAAAGACACACUGGUUUGAUCCUAGUACCGGAGAUGCCAUAGUCCGGUAUGAUUGUUAUGUGUUGCACUACUAAUGAUGCAGUUAUUUCUGCCUCGUACAAUAAUUUCUCUUUGAUUGUUUGUAGAUGCCUAGAUGGUGGUAGUGGGGGGUUGGUUAUCUGUUGUUUUCUUUUUCAAGAAUAAAGUAUUUUAGGGGUUGUAUUUUGAUAUUUAUGAUGAUGAAUGAUGCUUGUACCUGUUUGAAAUAAAUUUAAAGGGCUUCACCGACAGGAAUUUUGGAGUGAAUUUGAGGGUGGUGUCCCACUCCCAC